GUCCGCGUUCACCGCGCAACACCGUCAAACUGUAUUCGCCACUCUUCAUCCGUUGUUACGCCAAACAACACAAGCUCAGAAUCACUUCCAAAGGCAUUAAGAAGCGCAACUCCGAGCGGUUUGGGGUCGCUUUCAACCAGAAGCAGCUCACCGCCGCGCCGCGCAAGCCGCUCGCAGCAAUGCAGCAGGUACUUUCGCCAGGCGCUGUGCCUGAGCCCGAGGUGCAUCCAGUCAAGGAUGAAGAGUGGGUGGAGAAUCUCAACGUCAAAAUGAUGUGCAAGGACUGCCGUGAUGAUCCACCCGAGCUGUACGAAGACCACGCAAGUGGCGAUCUCAUGUGUGCCAACUGCGGUUUGGUGUUGGCUCAGCGCACGAUCGACAUGGGUUCAGAGUGGCGUACCUUCUCGAAUGAUGAUCAAGGCAACGACGACCCAUCGCGUGUCGGUGAAGGGCCUAACACACUCCUCAACGGCGCGCAACUCGAGACUGGCAUCGCCUUCGGUGAUGGCAUCCGUAGCCGGGAGCUUCACCGCGCGCAGAACAAGUCCAACAUGGACAAGACCAACAAAGGUCUUCUGCAAGCUUACAAGCAGAUUGGCGCUCUGUGUGAUGGUUGGCAGCUCCCUUCCUCCGUCUCCGACACCGCCAAGCAUCUCUACAAGGACGCCGACGAGAGCCGGCUGUUCAGGGGCAAAAGUCAAGAAGCGCUGAUCGCCGGCUGCGUCUUCCUUGCUUGCCGGCGCAACAACGUACCACGCUCUUUCCGCGAGGUCAUGGAGCUGACGAAAGUCAGCAAGAAGGAGAUUGGCCGUACGUUUAAGCUGCUCGAGCAGUUCUACAUGAAGAACACCAAGCUUGCUAAGAACGGCGUGAGCACAGUCGCUGGCGGACAACUCGUCAGCAACGAGGCGUACACUGGCAGUCAGAACUCGAACCCGGCCGAGUUGUGCGACCGCUUCUGCAAUGCGCUCGGCAUGUCACGCACGGCGAGCAACGUCUCCAUCGCCCUUGCCCAGCGCAUGACAGCCACAGGCGUGCUGGCGGGUCGCUCGCCACUCUCCUCCGCCGGCGCGUGCAUCUACAUGGCUUCGUACCUCAUGGGCGAGCCGAAGAACCCCAAGGACAUCUCGAAUGCGGCGCACGUCAGCGACAGCACAAUUCGGCAUGCCUACAAGAUCCUGUAUCAGGAUAAGGAGAAGAUCAUCACCGAGGACAUCCUCAAGCGUGGCGGCAAUCUUGAGCUGCUACCCCGGCCGUCUUAGGGAGUCAGCUGGUUUACGAUGCUCAAGCCACCAUCGUUUGAGGACAAGUGGAUUAAGCAUGAGAGGAAUGAUUCAGUCGCUUCGGUC